CAUGAUUAGACAUCAAUAAAAUCUAAACAAUGUCUUCAUCGAAACCGACACUCGGCUACUAUAAGGUCCGUGGAUUGGCUCAACCGAUCCGAUUGUUGUUGAAGUACGCGGGUGUGGACUUCACCGACAAAUACUACGAGUUUGGUUCGGCCGACAGUAUAGACUCACUGCGGGAACAUUGGCUGAAAGACAAGUACCAGUUGGGACUGGACUUUCCCAAUGUUCCCUACUAUCUGGACGGCCAGCAUAUCAAACUGUCCCAGAGUUCGGCCAUUCUGCGCUACUUGGCCCGCAAACAUGGACUGGUCGCCACCAGUGAGUGUGCACUGGCCCGACAGGAUAUGGCCGAGUAUCAGUUGGCCGAUAUUAAGACCGGAUUUUUUCAGAGUAUAUUUCCGAAAGAAAAUUACGAAAAAAAUCGUGAAACCUAUGCCAACGAUACGCUGGCGAAACAGUUGGAAGUGAUGUCGAAAUUUUUGGGAUCAAACGACUGGUUGGCCGGCAAACAGUUGACAUACGUUGACUUCUUGGCCUACGAACUACUGGAUUGGUUUCGGCUGUUUAGUCCCGAAACUGUCCAAAAGUUUCCGGUUUUGAUCCAAUAUUUGACCAGAUUUGAGAGUCUACCGGCGAUUAAGGCCUAUAUGUCGUCCCAGGAGUUUAUCAGUUGGCCAAUAUUGGGACCGAUAGCGCCGUGGGGUUAUAAAAAGUAAAUGCAUUAUUGAAUGUAAUAAAUAAUUAUAAUAAUAAUAAUAUCUAUUUUUUUUAUUGUUGUAAAACUUUAUUAAUGUGUUUUUCAAUUAUUAAAUAUAAAUUUAAAUAAAAAAAAUAAAGUCUUUAUAACUAUAAUAA